CCCUAGCAGACCUCCUAAUCGAGGACACCCCCAGGACAGACGUUGCCAUCGUAGCGAGUUAUGCUUCAUGCCGAGUCCACCGUCAUCUCACCAAACCCGGCGCUACAGCCGGUUCCAGCCAUAUCCCUGCUUUUCCCUGCAAGGGGAAGGGUGUUAGGUGUAUAGAAAUCCGACGAAUAUUGUGGCGGCCAGAUUUUUCAGUCGUUGGGUGGGGCGCGACGGAGAACAAAGUGGGACCGACACAAGUGAUUUCCUAGCGGUACGGUGUGGGGGGACUAGUGGACUGCACACCCGGUACUGCUUCCCUCGACCACCCCGGACGUGUGGGGACACCUCCCGCGUACUUCUAACGAAACAGGCUCGUAGAAGCUCCGUGGACUACUGUCAGGACACAUGCACGAGAGGAAAAGGUUCGGAGACACCGUAAGGACCAUCAGAAUUUCUCCCGGACCCAGCACGGUAUGAGGACCGCCCAGAAAACUGCUGAACACGCACGAUAAAGACCGUUAUAAUACAUCCCGGAUAUCCACAACUUGUAGCGGAAUCAUAUUGAAACAUGGAAGCCCCCGUUGUACCAAGGAAGAGAGCCCGAGCGCCGCCCCCACCCCCGGCCAGGAAACCCCACGCGAAAAUGAACGGCAACAUGAACGGGAACGUGAACGGAAACGUCCGCCCCAGCGUGAACGGCCUGGCCCCCGGGAAAGAGAACAGUCACGUGACUAAUGAAAACGUGGACCCGGUACAGGACCUGGAUGGGUUUGUUGACCUGGAUGUGAUUCUACCUGGAGGAGAGAUCAAGACAACAAAGUUUAUGGCAAGCACACAUAUGAUGGACCUGUUGGUUCAGAUCUGUGCCAAGUACAAGCGUCAGUACCCCGGCCUCAGCCCCUCCUCUCACACCAUGGUCAUCCCGCCCACCGAGGACGGCGAAAUCAUCUCGUACAUGCCCAGCACUCCCAUUGGCCGUCUUCCCGAUGUCACGCAAGUCGUGGUCAGGCCGAAGAACGAGGUGGUCAGCGAGGAUCGUGAUAGGUGGAAACCCGUACAACCGAAAGUGCCGAGUGCACCUGAGAGAACGUUUCGAUUGGUCGUGAACCUUCCGCAGAACCAGAAGACGUUUGUCCGCGUGAGUCGUAAGCUGACUGUGGCCGAGCUGUAUCCGGUCAUCUGUGAGAAGUGUAACAUGGACCCCGCCCGCUUCGCGCUGCGCGAGGUGGACAAACCCGAGGUAGUUCUGGACACGAGCCGAACGUUAGAGGACUAUAACAUGGCUGAAGUACUGGUGGUGGACACCAGACCAGCAGGAGACCCAAGAUUUCAGCCCUCACCGUACAAGUCUCCAUCGAGACCCGUGUCUGCGUACGACGAGGUCGCCGCGUACAAACCCGCUCCGCUGGAGAAGUCACAGUCAAUGACCUCUCUCGGCUUCAAGGACAAAGUGAAGAAGUCCCUCUUUAGCUUCGGUGCCUUCAAGAAUAAGAGGAAGUUCAAGUUUGGAUUUAAGAGUAGGAGGUCAACAGUUUCUGGAGAAAUCCCGUAUCAGCUCGGAGACUCAGCAUCUCAGUCAUCGUCACACCAGUACGCUCGUUCCACCAGUUUUCCCUCCACCCAGUCCCCCCCCUCCCCCACACGCAGCCUCCCGCAGACACCCCUCAGCGAUCACCCCUCCACAAGUGCCCAGCCCCCUGUAGAGGUGGUGGAGAGGAGGAAGAAGAGACCCCCUCCCCCACCCCCUGGAGCGUCGAAGCCUGGUGCGGACUGGAGACAUUCGUACGCGGGAGGAGACACCACGUUGGAGAGAAACAGGAGGAAGCCUGCGCCAAGGCCGCCCCAGACUGCAGCUAUGGAGGCACCUUAUCGUGCCGCAGAGGCCAGCCCAACCAGGGAAACUAUCCACGGAGCAGACAGUCAGGCAUCAUCUCCUGGUGCAGAGGCCAGCAUUGAGUUCAAUUCAGGUGACAGUCUGACCCUGCCGAGAUCCAAGCGACGAGCCCCGCCCCCUCCCCCGGGGACCAGGUCCCCUGAGGUGGUGGAUGGAGACUUGUACCAGGAUGACAUGAACAUCAGAGGAUACAACACUUUGCCGGCCAAGCCGCCUCGACCCAUGAGCUAUGCUGCCCCAGGCGACCUCAGCCUGGAAUUCCGACCUGCGACCUUUGACAUCCCGCCGCCGCCCGACAUCCCUCCUCCUGACGUGCCCCCCUCCCCAUCCCCGCGAGAGGAGGAAGUUAAGAUGGAGGAGGAAGAGGAAGAUGAAGCCGUUGCCAUGUUGGCUCCUCCUUCAGAGUACGGAGAGGCAUCUUCAGCUGCCACUGAGAAACCCACCAUCACACAAGUAAAUGAGGCGAUAGAUGUAUCCGAGGUGAGCAUAGAUGCUGACUUUAAGGAAGAGGAGAAGAUGGAAGAAGGCAAUGUGGCCUCCAUGUAUUUUGGUGCAGAGAAGGCAGAUUCUGACAGUGGAGAUGACUCAGACGACACAGGAUUUGUCACUGUGAGCACUAUCCAAUCAGAUGACAGGAAAGCUUCUGACCAAUCAGCAAGCUCCUUUUCCGACCAAUCAACUGUCAAUAUCUCUGACCAAUCAGAGGACAGAAAAAUCACUAUGGAAUUGGCAGAUUCCUAUCCUGACCAAUCAGAGGAUGUAAAGAGGAAUGAAGAUUCAGCCGGUUCCUAUCCUGACCAAUCAGCAGUCAAUACAUCUGACCAAUCAGAGGCCACUCAGUCAGACCCAUUAGAACUGGAAUACCUGACACAGACAGUGGACAGUUUGACAGAGGGUUUCAGCUCGGACGAAUCUCCAAGUGUAAGUCACGGAAGUGGCCAGUUGGACUUAAAAGAAAUUAGAGAGGAGACACGUACGAUUGAAGAAACACAUGCUGUGUCACAGCCAGAAACUGGCGAAGUUGAACACACUGUUGAAACCCCUCCAAAUGUAUCUAGUGAAUUAGACGAUGCGGAACUUUCAUCUUUAACUGAAAGCAGCGAGGAGAAAGUGGGAGUAGGACGGGCAGAUUCCCCUUCCAUUAGCUCUCUCUCCAGCCUAUCAGAGUCUAAUGCAGCACCCGACCAAUCACAGCAAAAGACUGCAGAAGUUAGCAACCAAUCAAAGGAAGCUAUUCCAAAUGGACAUGUGGCUAGUGACCAGUCAAAGGCAUGGGUAGAAAUGGACCAAUCAAACAGGGUUGUUUCAAAUGGACAGGCAGUGAAUGGCCAAUCAGAGGAAAGGGAAGACACGAAUGUGCCAGACACUGAGAAAGUGGUACUGAGAGAGAAAGAAGGACCCCAGCAGGUGCGUGUUCGCUCUUUUAUCGAAGUUGAACACGAGGAGAAGAAAUUGUCCUCUCCCUCUCACCACAUUGUGAGCUUGGAGGGGUCGGUACGCGGGUUCAAAGGUCAUGUGAAAUCCAGAGUUGUGGACAUAGACUUUGAUAAAGAAGGCGAAGAAACUGGGAAUGUACAAGAAGAAGAGACAGCCAUAGAGGAGAGCAGACCCCCACAGCAAACAGUUGAACACAGUGCGCCAAAAGUUAGAGAGGAGGAGAGAGAGCCAUUGAAAAGUGUGCGUAAAGAUUCCAGGGAUGAAGGCAAAGUGCCAGAGGAGAAAAAGUCGGAGCCGAGGAGUUUUGUGAGUUUGAGUAACAUCAAGUUUGCUCACAAGCCUGACAGGUCGUCCAUCGGACUCACCAAUUUCCAAGUUCUUCCAGACAAUGCCAUCCCUGUGGAAAGGGUGGUGAGGAAACGUAGCACAUCAAUCGACAAAGCCCCUGAGCCACAGGUUAAAUCAGAACCGGUUCAGAUACAGAGGGCAGACACAAAACCAGAAGUGAUCUCAGUAAGUUCGAUGAACAAAGCAGGACCUCAUGUAGACAUGACAAAGCUGCGUAAGCAGGUGCACAAAGACAGACCCACGGAAGACUCUUCACAGGAGGAUGGAGCAGGGCCUCAGAAACCCCCUGCAGAGCCUCAGCCCGAUAAGGAAGUCAUAGUGUUCCCUCACACUGGCGAGCCCAUCAUUAAGAACGAGCCUGUACGCAGGAACACUGCAGCGGAGAAGAGAGCGGUGUACUUCUCAGCUCCACGUCCCUUCAGUCGGUCAUUUGACAAGGAGGACGUGUCUAAGGAGGAGAAGACAGCCCACAAGCCGGCCCCACCUAAGAGAAGUGACAGCUUCUCCAAGAGCUCCAUGCACAAAUCACCCCCGUUCACCCCAAGCUAUCACAAGGUGACCUCCCCGACCCCCCCACAGGGCAUAUCAGCGUAUCACACUGUCCACCCUCCCCACCCCCUCAAGCCAUCCUCGCCCCCCAAUGUUGCAUCUCCGACUGAAAGUGAGCCGAGGCCGCCGUGGGCGGCAGCAAACUCAGCUGCACCACUGGACGUUCACAUAAAACCAGCCUUCAUCGUUCCCCCUCCCCACCCCAUCAAACCCACCCCACCAGACUCACAAGAAGAAGGGUCCCGGAGACAAGGCUUCUACGCCUUCGGAGCGAAACUCAGGCCGGCCUCGGCUAACUACUCCUCCCAUUUCGCUACGGAGACCCAGAGCAGUGCGUCCGUGUUCAAGACAAAGUACCGCCCAAGGUCAGAGUACCUGGAGACCGUGCAGCCGGUGGAUCCUGAUGACGAGAGUUUCAGUCCCGCGGCGGCGGCGGGCUUAAGACCGGUGUCCGAGCGGAGGCUGAAACCGCUGCCGAAGAAGGAACCAGACAACCCACAUGAGAAGCUGAUGACGGCGAUACGUGGCGUAGAGGCUACCGUCAAACUACGGAAGGUACCCCGACCUCAGACCAACAAAGUUGUGUAUGGUCGUGUCAUUGAGAAAUCGGAGCAUGGUGCUCUCGAUCCUAACGAUGAGGCACCACCGAGACCACCUUCCCCAGCUGGCUACGAGGGUCCAUCAGUAGGGGUUUCCAGUCCCGAGCCCCACGACGCUUCGUUAGGCCACGUCCUCGACAAACCACCGAGCACUCAAACAAACGGUUCCUCCAACGGUAGUAGUGUGCCAGCUCCACCCCCCUCACGACCGCCACCGCCGCCUUACAACCACGCUAUGGCGGUGAAAAGUCGGACGUCUUCCGGUGGUACACAAAAUUCUGACGAUGCAGUAAACGCACGUAGAGCUGCUAUGGAGGCCAUUAAGGCCGGAAACCUGAAUUCAACGGUUAAAAAAGGUGUCUCCCAAGGAAAACACCUUCCAGGUGUCACCUGUGGACCUGGUGUAGCUGCAGCUGUUGUACAGGUGUCUCCUGUGGACCUGGUGUAGCUGCAGGUGUUGUACAGGUGUCUCCUGUGGACCUGGUGUAGCUGCAGCUGUUGUACAGGUGUCUCCUGUGGACCUGGUGUAGC